GGCUGCGUACAAAAGUAUGUUGUGAAGAACUACUUCUACUACUACCUGUUCAAGUUUUCAGCUGCUUUGGGUGAAGAGAUUUUUUAUAUCACUUUCCUUCCAUUUACUUACUGGAACAUAGAUCACUCUGUGUCUAGAAGGAUGAUAAUUAUUUGGUCGAUAGUGAUGUACAUAGGCCAAGUCUCCAAGGACAUCCUGAAGUGGCCUCGGCCCCUCUCGCCGCCUGUUGUCAAGCUGGAAAUGAGGACGAAUGCAGAGUAUGGGAUGCCUUCCACCCAUGCCAUGGCAGCUACCGCCAUCUCCUUCUCUUUUCUCAUUGCAACUGUGAACCAGUACAAGUAUCCAUUUGAACUAGGUCUGGUAGCAGCAUUCGUGUUUUCGACACUGGUGUGUCUCAGCAGGCUCUACACAGGGAUGCACACAGUCCUGGACGUGAUUGGUGGAGCGCUGAUUUCGGCUGUGCUGCUCGUGCUUUUGUACCCUGCGUGGGACAUGAUAGAUCACUUGCUGUUAACUAGUCCCUUCUGCCCGCUGCUUUGUGUAGUUGUGCCUCUCGUCUUAUGUUACAAUUACCCCAAACUAGACUAUUACAGCCCUACCAGGGGAGACACCACUACUAUCUUAGGAGCGGGAGCUGGAGCGACUGUGGGAUUUUGGUUAAAUAACCGGUACGCUGCACUAGCCUACACCAGCAGAAAUUUUCAGCUUGGAUUUCCUCUGAUCACCAGUAAAAUAGUGGUGGUCGUGCUAGCCAGGUUCUUUGUAGGGAUCUUUGUUGUUCUAUUGACACGACAGCUCAUGAAGAGCAUGGUCCUUGGCAUGCUGGGUUAUCGAUACAAGUUUCCCAUUGGCGACCUGGAAGCACGGAGGCGACUGGAAGUCGAAGUCCCAUAUAAGUUUAUAACAUACUCCUCAGUUGGCUUCAGUGCGACCGUGGUCGUGCCGCUGCUGCACAAGCUGUUAGGAUUGAUGUGA